AUGACUUCCUUUUCGAUAAACGCGCUAUUCAAGACAUUGCCGCCAGUAGGCCGGCAAUGUCACCCACGAAUCUCCUCCUGCACUAUCCGACCUUUCUCAUCGUCCCCGAGGGCCUCUCUAAACCAGCGGGACAAGCCCCGGGAUAUCGAGAGGCAGAUCCUCGAUCGAGAACCAGAAUCGUCCGCCGAGUCCUCAUCGCCGCUCUCCGCAAUCACCAAAAUGAUGCAGGGAGAUAACCCAGCCAGUUCGUCCUCGCAGGCCUCCAAUUACUCCCGAAUGGCCGAAAGUCUCGAGGCCGACGUGGUCAAAGACCCCUAUUCCGACCGAUCGCCCCCUCACCACCUGCAUGUCUACUGCCACAAGCACAAUACCGUCAUCACUCUGACGCGGCCAAAUGGAGAACCGAUGAUGACAGCGAGCUGCGGCCAAAUUGGGUUCCGCCACGCUGGUCGCGGAGGCUUUGACCCGGCUUACCAACUGACAUCCCACGUUAUCUCUCAAAUUACCGAGAGAGGCUAUAUCCUCGACAUUAAGCGGCUAGAGAUCGUCUACCGAGGGUUUUCAAAGGGCCGGGAUGGGUUCAAUAAAGUGCUGUUGGGGAAUGAGGGACGGAACAUUCGGGGGCUUAUCACCCGUGUGUGCGACGCGACUCGGGUCAAGUUUGGCGGUACUCGCAGCAGGCACGUUCGCAGACUGUGA